AUAUCAGAAAGUUAAACUAAAACUAAAUCUAUUCCUAAAUUUAUCGAGUAGUUUUAGUUUUUCUUUUCUCCAUUUAUAUUCGAACUCGAAUUAGGCAGCUGCUCUUUUCUAGAGACAUUUUCUUUGAUUUGUUCUGGUUGUUACCGUUAAAAUAAGUCAAAAAAGAAAAAUUCGUUGUUAAAUUUUUAUUUCCACUUGAGAAUCUUAUCUUUUUUUUUGUUAGGUAGUAUAUAAAUAUCCACAACAAGGUUAUUAUCUUCAUGGAAUAAAUAUUAAAAAACCAUUUAUUUAUGAUCUUUCAUUGAGCUAUGGCAAAGAUUUUAUUACUAUUCAUCAUGAAAUUUUAAAACAAUUAAAUAAAAUCGAAUGGAAAGGAAUUAUUCUUCUUUAUGGUCUUCCAGGAACAGGAAAGACAUAUUAUAUUCGUUAUUUGAUAAAUGAACUUCAACAAAAAAAUUUAAUCUAUUUUCCAUCUGACAUAAUUCGUAUUCUUUCAUCAUCAGAAUUUCUUCAAAUUCUUAAACCAUAUUCUCAUUCGAUAAUUAUCGUUGAUGAUGCAGAAAAUCUAAGCAAAGAUCAUCCAGAUAAAGCAUUAAAUAAUCUUUUUAAUUUAAAUCAUUUAUCACAUCAACCAAUUAUUGCUGCAUUUAAUGCUUAUUCAUCUCAAACAUUUUCUCAUUACAAAUCUUCAUCUAUUAUUCAAUAUUUAUUUGAUAAACUUGAUAUUAUUAAUACUCGAAUACUUCUUAAAACAUUAGGUUCACAACAUGAUAAUGAAACUAUCAAACAACCAAUGACAUUAGGCGAAAUUUAUACUCAAAUAACACUUGAUACAAAGACACAAAAUGAAAAUACAAUAGAAUCAAGAAAAAAAUUAAAAACACCCGAUGAAAUGAUACAAUUAUUAGCUGAACAAGAAUUAUCUUUAUCCGAUAAAGAUAAUUGUACACUUUCAUAA